GCUAGAUAUAGGGCUGGACAGACACCCCAGUCCUUGCAGGAGCACGACACUUUCAGAACCACCGCUGGAAGUUCCUCCCAACCUAAGCAGAAGGGUCGCGCUCGGACUACAAUUCCCACAAUGCCACGGGAGGGCGGCUUGGCUUCGUUCUUGAGAAAAGCUACCCGAGGAGGAGUUUCCCAUCAUGCAUCGGGCGCCGGAGUCCUUUUGCUGGACUACGUUUCCCAGUGUGCUUCAGGGAAGGCGAGGUGGAGGAGAGGCGGCAAUCGGACCAGCUGUUCGGAAGCCGCGGUUAUGGCGGAGUCGCUGGAGUCGCUGCUGCGGCAGCAGCGCCGGAGCCUCUACAAGGGUUUCCGGGCUCCGCCUUGGAAGGAGACCUACCGGCAGCGCUGCGUGGAGAGGCUGAAGAACAGUCGGGCCAGGCUGUUAGACCGAUACCGCCACGUGGGAGAGAAUGCCGCCAUUGGUGGAGGAACUUGGAGCUCCCUUCUGGUACAGGAGGUGAUGGAGGUGGAGUGGCAGGCCUUGCAGUCAGUGGAUGCCCAGCUGCCAUCCCUCCGGAAGAACACAACUUCCCUCCACGUCUUGGAAGACUCUGAUGAACUGGCAGUGUUGGAGGAAAUCCAGAAAGAGCUGAUUUUGCAAGAACAGCUGGCUAUAGAGGAAUACGAACAAAGCCUGCGGUUCGAUGAGGAGUGCCUCAACGCGAUGCUCGAGGGCUUAGAUGCUGAACGCAAAGUGAUCUGCCCGGUUUGCCGAAGGAAUAACCUCUCUGUGAUGAGUCACGUGGUCACCUGUACAUGCGGACUGUGCAUCGGCACACAGGGGAUGACUGAAGAAAGGCUUCAGUUGCUGCUAGGAGAUGGGCUAACAGAACAUAGCCAACACUGUCGGCACAGUCCUGAAUUUUCUGUAACUAGCGGGAUGGAUGGAGAAACCAACCUUCUCAUGAGCUGUCGGGUUUGUGAUUUUUUGGCGGUUAUUCUGUAACCUCCGCUGUGCUGAACUGUCUUGUGGGAAAGAUGCUGCCGACUCGCUUUUCUACCUGAGCUUGAGACGUUUGGGAGGCAUUUUGUAAAUCUUGUUAAUAAAUGUACAUGUUCUCAA